AUGAGAGUAGCAAUUUUCAUUGCUUUUCUUGGAACUCUCGCCAUUUGUGGAGAGUCAAGAAGUCUGUAUGAGCAUCACUCGUCUGGAAAGGAAAUUGGAAAACCAGAUCAUCCAAAUAAUAAGCCGCAUCCGGUGCAUUCUCAGGUUGAUGGUGACGCAGUAGAAGAAGAAAAUGAUACACGUGUUCAAGUAGAAGAGCAGAAGCCACAGAAAGGUAAAGGAAAUAAUAAUGGAAACAACGGAAAUAAUGGCAACAAUGGUAACAAUGGAAACAGUGCAGCUGGUAAUCCAGAAGAUCCUCCAGCUCCACAGCCAGAAGAUCCUCCUGCACCACAACCUGAACCAGAAGAUCCUCCUGCACCACAACCUGAACCAGAAGAUCCUCCAACUCCACAACCUGAACCAGAAGAUCCUCCAUCUCCACAACCUGAACCAGAAAAUCCUCCAUCUCCACAACCAGAAGAUCCUCCUUCACCACAACCUGAAGUAAAAGAUCCUCCAGAUCCUCAACCGGAACCAGAAGAUCCUCCUGCACCACAACCUGAACCCGAAGAUCCUCCAUUUCCACAACCUGAUCCUGAAGGUCCUCCAUCUCCACAACCAGAAGAUCCUCCUGCACCACAACCAGAAGAUACUUCUGCACCACAACCUGAACCAGAAGAUCCUCCAUCUCCACAACCUGAACCAGAAGAUCCUCCACCUCCACAACCAGAAGAUCCUCCGGCACCACAACCUGAACCAAAAGAUCCUCCAUCUCCACAACCAGAAGAUCCUCCUUCACCACAACCUGAAGUAGAAGAUCCUCCAGCUCCUCAAACGGAACCAGAAGAUCCUCCUGCACCACAACCUGAACCAGAAGAUCCUCCAUCUCCACAAACUGAACCAGAAGGUCCUCCACCUCCACAACCAGAAGAUCCUCCUGCACCACAACCAGAAGAUACUCCUGCACCACAACCUGAACCAGAAGAUCCUCCAUCUCCACAACCUGAACCAGAAGAUCCUCCAUCUCCACAACCUGAACCAGAAGAUCGUCCAUCUCCACAAACUGAACCAGAAGGUCCUCCACCUCCACAACCAGAAGAUCCUCCUGCACCACAACCAGAAGAUACUCCUGCACCACAACCUGAACCAGAAGAUCCUCCAUCUCCACAACCUGAACCAGAAGAUCCUCCAUCUCCACAACCUGAACCAGAAGAUCCUCCAUCUCCACAACCUGAUCCUGAAGGUUCUCCAUCUCCACAACCAGAAGAUGCACCUGCACCACAACCAGAAGAUACUCCUGCACCACAACCUGAACCAGAAGAUCCUCCAUCUCCACAACCUGAACCAGAAGAUCCUCCAUCUCCACAACCUGAACCAGAAGAUCCUCCAUCUCCACAACCUGAUCCUGAAGGUUCUCCAUCUCCACAACCAGAAGAUGCACCUGCACCACAGCCUGAACCAGAAGAUCCUCCAUCUCCACAACCUGAUCCUGAAGGUUCUCCAUCUCCACAACCAGAAGAUGCACCUGCACCACAGCCUGAACCAGAAGAUCCUCCAUCUCCACAACCAGAAGAUCCUCCUGCACCACAACCUGAACCAGAAGAUCCUCCAUCUCCACAACCUGAACCAGAAGAUCCUCCUGCACCACAACCUGAACCAGAAGAUCCUCUUGCACCACAAUCUGAAGUAGAAGAUCCUCCAUCUCCACAACCUGAACCAGAAGAUCCUCCAUCUCCACAACCUGAACCAGAAGAUCCUCCUGCACCACAACCUGAAGUAGAAGAUACUCCAGCUCCUCAAACGGAACCAGAAGAUCCUCCUGCACCACAACCUGAACCAGAAGAUCCUCCAUCUCCACAACCUGAACCAGAAGAUCCUCCACCUCCACAACCAGAAGAUCCUCCGGCACCACAACCUGAACCAAAAGAUCCUCCAUCUCCACAACCAGAAGAUCCUCCUUCACCACAACCUGAACCAGAAGAUCCUCCAUCUCCACAACCUGAACCAGAAGAUCCUCCAUCUCCACAACCUGAACCAGAAGAUCCUCCAUCUCCACAAACUGAACCAGAAGAUCCCCCAUCUCCACAACCUGAACCAGAAGAUCCUCCAUCUCCACAACCUGAUCCUGAAGGUUCUCCAUCUCCACAACCAGAAGAUGCACCUGCACCACAGCCUGAACCAGAAGAUCCUCCAUCUCCACAACCUGAUCCUGUAGGUUCUCCAUCUCCACAACCAGAAGAUGCACCUGCACCACAGCCUGAACCAGAAGAUCCUCCAUCUCCACAACCAGAAGAUCCUCCUGCACCACAACCUGAACCAGAAGAUCCUCCAUCUCCACAACCUGAACCAGAAGAUCCUCCUGCACCACAACCUGAACCAGAAGAUCCUCUUGCACCACAAUCUGAAGUAGAAGAUCCUCCAUCUCCACAACCUGAACCAGAAGAUCCUCCAUCUCCACAACCUGAACCAGAAGAUCCUCCUGCACCACAACCUGAAGUAGAAGAUACUCCAGCUCCUCAAACGGAACCAGAAGAUCCUCCUGCACCACAACCUGAACCAGAAGAUCCUCCUGCACCACAACCUGAAGUAGAAGAUCCUCCAGCUCCACAACCUGAACCAGAAGAUCCUCCUGCACCACAACCUGAACCAGAAGAUCCUCCUGCACCACAACCUGAACCAGAAGAGCCUGCAAUUCCUGAAGCUUAUCCAAAUCAGUAAUUAUUUGGUAAACCACAUUCAUGGAAAACCAACUUUUUUUAAAUUAUUUAUUGACACAUUUAUUUUCAAAUGGGAUAUGUGCGUGGUUUAUAAAAUUAAUGUACAUAUGUUUUGUCAAAGGUUAAAAUAAAAAUUCUUUACCAUCA